AUGCCAUUUUCUGACCCCAAGAAGAAAAAAGAACACGAUAGGUUAUCACAGGCCAUAUCAAGAGCCAAAAAAACCGGAAAAGACGUUAAACCGGGACUGAUUACUCGAUCAGAAGAAAGAAAGGCACGAAGAAAAGCGGGAACAGGAAGAAGAACAAAAGUGAAAGCAAGUAAAG